GUAUACCAACACCACGGCUAUGAGCGGGGAGCGUGUGGGCAGCCAGGGUUGUACGAUCUUGGACCAGUGCAAAACACUAGGUGAUUAGCAGCUGAUAUUUUCACGAUUUGGUGUCAGGGGCCGACCGACAUUGUGGGGAUCUAAGCAAGAAGCUUAGCGCACCGCAGGCUGCACGCGUCCCAGCACGGGAUACUCCGGUUGAUUGCGUCUCUCCAGGAAACCAUGGAACAAUCGUGCGAACAGACAGCCCCAUCGCUCAAGGGGCAAGUGCAGGACCAAGCGCCCGCGACAGCGGACAUCAUGGACGACUACGACGGCGACGUGCAGGUGGUGACCAACUCCUUCAGAGACUACGGAGGCGUUUCUAGGUUUUGCGGGCGGGUCGAAACCGUCAAGUGCUUCGAGAACAACCCCCUGGUGCGGCAGCGGCUGACCAAGGAGGACGGCGCCGGCAAGGUGCUAGUCGUGGACGGUGGGGGCUCCUUACGAAGAGCGCUCAUGGGGGACCAGCUUGCCGCCGGGGGGCUUCAGAACGGCUGGCGGGGCGUGAUCAUCAACGGCGCCGUUCGCGACUCCUCCGAGAUCGGCAAGCUACCCUUCGGUUGCAAGGCCCUGGGCACGAUGCCGAGGAAGAGUGAGAAGAAGGUCCCGGGGGAACAAGGAGUUCCGGUGGAGUUCGGCGGGCUGCGGUUCAAGGCGGGGCAGUUCGUCUACGCCGACGAGGACGGCAUAGUGGUCUCCGAUGAACCGCUGCGAGUGCCCAGAGAUAGAUCGGCAUUAUGAUUACGUACGCGUACGUAUGCACGUAACAAUACGUACGUAGUUCGGCGUAGUGUCCGACGAAGUGCUGGAAGUGCCCAGAGAUUAGAUCGGCAUUUGUGGCGCACGCAUACACGUACGAACGUAGAAUGUACCGCGUACGGCAAGCGCAAAACUUGUUGCCUCAUGUCUCAUUCGGGACGGGCCGCCAAGUUACCGAAGUAACUGUAGGGCAGGUGGAUAAUGUCACACAUACAUGCCGCAUGUUGCAUGAGACGUAUGUACCAGCUGGAUGUUGCACCCCCUGGACGGAAUUCAAAGCUUGAUAUGUCGGCAGGGAAAGCAGUGACGGUGCCGAAAAUCGCGCCAUCGGAACCGUGUCGUCGAGAGAAAGCCUUCCGAAAACGUAUACGUCAAUAUCGGCAUCCUCUUCGUCGUGGAGUAAUCGAGCUUUGACAAUCGGCCCCGGUGGUCUAGUGGGUAGCCUCGUAGCCUGCGAAGGGCCAGGUCAUGGAUUCGAGUUCCGACAUAGUGAGCUUUUUCUCGCUAGUUAUAUCCUGGUCUCGUUAGUAAACUUGAUCGACUUCGUAAGUCGCGAGGGAAGGUAUUGCUGUGCCCUUCUCGCGAACAAAAUAUCUCAGGCAGGAACCGCAGGAGGGGGUCCAACCUCCCCCUCCUAUGUGACCCCGGUUGGGUCGUCUAGCUGGUAGAAGUGGAGGAUGGAGGCCAGAGGGGCAGACGACAGAGUCCAAUGAUGGGAGACGAAAAAAAAAAUCGGUCCAGGAGGUGUGGUAUCUUACGCAACUUGCGGAAUACGCGCGCACGCCGCCUAAAGAGAGAGCCGGUUUUGGCUGAAUGUGUGUGCGUGAAAGCCGACAACCUUGGCGAGGGUCGGACUUUUUUAUUGAAAAACCGUUAGACUACACACGGCCGGAAGACCAGAUAUUUUAGCGCGUGUUACC